AUGAAAGACACCAACACUUCUGUCCGGGAGCUCUGGCAGGCGUCGCAAGAAUAUGUGCAUGGGAAUUGGGUGGCAAAGGCCGAAGCCCUCAAGGAUAUCGCAAAGGCAGUCGAGCACAUCAUUGAGGCCCUCGGCCCAUGCAGCGAUUCCAUGACCGCCGCUUCUGACUUCAAGAAGCUUUACGGCUACCUCAAGGAUCCGAGGUAUUACACGGCACACAACGCCCUCACGCUCGGAUUGAAUAUGGCCGAGGACCAUGCGCAGCUCAGCUCAUUCAGGACUGCAUGUGAAGGCGGGGAGUACCAUGUAGCGGGCUAUGAGCUCACUCGCGUAUUGUUGGACGUUCUGGAAAACCCUGGCAUCCCGAGCGCGAACGGCACAGCGGCAACUCGGAUCGCUUGGGGUCUGGCAAAGGGCUUCACCACUGACAUCGACCUUCCGUGUUUCAAGGAUGUUCACGUGGAAAUCCCUGCGCUCAUUGGCGGCGUGAUGGAUAUCAUGAGUGUGGUGGACAUUGUCAAUGGGCUUGAGAGCUUUUUCCAUGGGUUGGAAGGGAUCGUGCCAACGUACAAGGCUUGCAUGGCUGACAAGCCCAAAAUCGUCGAUCUUCUCAAAAGCUUCAGCGACUUUAGACAUCCAGUGGACCUCGCAAAGAUCUUCGGACAACACAUUGCGGAGAACAAGUUAGACCUUGCUCUCGAGACGGCCGCAGUCAUCCUUGACUACAAGGGCGGAGAGUGGAGGCGCUUCGGCCAGGACAUCGGGCAGAUCCUCCAGAAGAUCCUCAUCGGGACCAGCAAGGACGCAUCGCCCGCCACCGCCUUGCCGCUCCUGCGGCUGGGCAUCCGUCACUGCCUGGCCGACCCAGUGGGUGGGAUGCUGCCCGCUCCGCCCGGCUGUGAUGCCUGCGCCGGCCGGCGCCGCCACAGCGCCGCCUGGGCUGCCGCCGCGGUGUGUUCCCAGCUGGCGCUGCUUGCCUGCGCCGCGUCGGCUGUCGUCAGCAUCCUGGUGGCUUGUUCCAGCGGCAUUUCGCCCACUUGCGGGCCGAAGCACCCGCAGUGGCGCCCCCCGGGGCAGCCCGGCGGGGCGGCGGAGGCUCUGCGGCAGUGGUCUGGGGCCGGGUGCGACCCUGUUCCCUCGCGGAGCUGGCUCGUCUACGCCGCGGGCCACGUCGAGGCGCUGGCCGCGAUGGCGCGCGUGCUGGCGGCGAUGCUGAUGGCGCUCGCCUUCGUGCAGGCCAGCGCCUUGGACUCGGAGGAGGAUCGCCCCAAGGGCGCCCGCAGGCGGCAGAUGGAGCGCACGCGCGCGGCGGAGCUCGAGGCCGCGAUCGCCAAGUCCGGCUGCGCCGACCUCGGCGGCGAGAAGUGGUUCUCGGACGCGCACGGCGAGCUGUUCCAGGUGAAGCAGGACAAGUGCUCGAUCUCCUUCCAGCUGAAGAAGAAGAGCGGCGAGAUGUACGAGAAGAAGGGUGUCGUGCGCGGCACCAGGGUGCUGGUGGAGCCGCCGUUCCCGGAGGGCCAGAUGCUGCCGAACCAGACCGUCAUGUGGGAGAGCGGCGCCCGCUGGGAGCGCAAGUGGUCGAUGGCGCGCGUGCUGGCGGCGAUGCUGAUGGCGCUCGCCUUCGUGCAGGCCAGCGCCUUGGACUCGGAGGAGGAUCGCCCCAAGGGCGCCCGCAGGCGGCAGAUGGAGCGCACGCGCGCGGCGGAGCUCGAGGCCGCGAUCGCCAAGUCCGGCUGCGCCGACCUCGGCGGCGAGAAGUGGUUCUCGGACGCGCACGGCGAGCUGUUCCAGGUGAAGCAGGACAAGUGCUCGAUCUCCUUCCAGCUGAAGAAGAAGAGCGGCGAGAUGUACGAGAAGAAGGGUGUCGUGCGCGGCACCAGGGUGCUGGUGGAGCCGCCGUUCCCGGAGGGCCAGAUGCUGCCGAACCAGACCGUCAUGUGGGAGAGCGGCGCCCGCUGGGAGCGCAAGUGGUCGAUGGCGCGCGUGCUGGCGGCGAUGCUGAUGGCGCUCGCCUUCGUGCAGGCCAGCGCCUUGGACUCGGAGGAGGAUCGCCCCAAGGGCGCCCGCAGGCGGCAGAUGGAGCGCACGCGCGCGGCGGAGCUCGAGGCCGCGAUCGCCAAGUCCGGCUGCGCCGACCUCGGCGGCGAGAAGUGGUUCUCGGACGCGCACGGCGAGCUGUUCCAGGUGAAGCAGGACAAGUGCUCGAUCUCCUUCCAGCUGAAGAAGAAGAGCGGCGAGAUGUACGAGAAGAAGGGUGUCGUGCGCGGCACCAGGGUGCUGGUGGAGCCGCCGUUCCCGGAGGGCCAGAUGCUGCCGAACCAGACCGUCAUGUGGGAGAGCGGCGCCCGCUGGGAGCGCAAGUGGUCGAUGGCGCGCGUGCUGGCGGCGAUGCUGAUGGCGCUCGCCUUCGUGCAGGCCAGCGCCUUGGACUCAGAGGAGGAUCGCCCCAAGGGCGCCCGCAGGCGGCAGAUGGAGCGCACGCGCGCGGCGGAGCUCGAGGCCGCGAUCGCCAAGUCCGGCUGCGCCGACCUCGGCGGCGAGAAGUGGUUCUCGGACGCGCACGGCGAGCUGUUCCAGGUGAAGCAGGACAAGUGCUCGAUCUCCUUCCAGCUGAAGAAGAAGAGCGGCGAGAUGUACGAGAAGAAGGGUGUCGUGCGCGGCACCAGGGUGCUGGUGGAGCCGCCGUUCCCGGAGGGCCAGAUGCUGCCGAACCAGACCGUCAUGUGGGAGAGCGGCGCCCGCUGGGAGCGCAAGUGGUGCUUGCCAGCCAAUCCAUUCCGUUGCCACAUUAACGACCCUCUCUGCCGUGCACUCAGUCGAGCGAUGGCGCGCGUGCUGGCGGCGAUGCUGAUGGCGCUCGCCUUCGUGCAGGCCAGCGCCUUGGACUCGGAGGAGGAUCGCCCCAAGGGCGCCCGCAGGCGGCAGAUGGAGCGCACGCGCGCGGCGGAGCUCGAGGCCGCGAUCGCCAAGUCCGGCUGCGCCGACCUCGGCGGCGAGAAGUGGUUCUCGGACGCGCACGGCGAGCUGUUCCAGGUGAAGCAGGACAAGUGCUCGAUCUCCUUCCAGCUGAAGAAGAAGAGCGGCGAGAUGUACGAGAAGAAGGGUGUCGUGCGCGGCACCAGGGUGCUGGUGGAGCCGCCGUUCCCGGAGGGCCAGAUGCUGCCGAACCAGACCGUCAUGUGGGAGAGCGCGAUGGCGCGCGUGCUGGCGGCGAUGCUGAUGGCGCUCGCCUUCGUGCAGGCCAGCGCCUUGGACUCGGAGGAGGAUCGCCCCAAGGGCGCCCGCAGGCGGCAGAUGGAGCGCGCGCGCGCGGCGGAGCUCGAGGCCGCGAUCGCCAAGUCCGGCUGCGCCGACCUCGGCGGCGAGAAGUGGUUCUCGGACGCGCACGGCGAGCUGUUCCAGGUGAAGCAGGACAAGUGCUCGAUCUCCUUCCAGCUGAAGAAGAAGAGCGGCGAGAUGUACGAGAAGAAGGGUGUCGUGCGCGGCACCAGGGUGCUGGUGGAGCCGCCGUUCCCGGAGGGCCAGAUGCUGCCGAACCAGACCGUCAUGUGGGAGAGCGGCGCCCGCUGGGAGCGCAAGUGGCUCGGCAGCGCCCACCCGGGGCACCCACGGGGCGCCCAUGGCGCGUUGGCGGCAGCCUGGCAGCGCCGCGGCAGAGCAGCAGCGCUCCUGCGGGCCGCACCCUACCUGCCCGACGGCUCGAACGCCACCGAGGAGUUCGGCCUGCUCGCGCUCCUCGUCGCCUGCGAGGCGUUCCGCGUCACGUUCUUCGCGACCCCCAAGAAGAAGGCCUCCAAGAAGGACACGACCGCAUCGGCGGGGCCAGAGGCCGCGCGCGCGCCCCAGCGCCAGCAGGCGGCCGCGAGGGGCCCCGUGCGCGAUGCCAUGGCGAGGGUGCGCCAGGGGGAGCUCGCUGAGGCCGAGGCGCUGCUGGAGCGCCUCGGCGAGCAGCAGAGGAGCGAGGAGCCCGCCGCCGCGUGCUGCCGCUCGCUCGUCCUGGCGCUCACGAAGGAGGGCCAGUUCGGACGUGCCGAGCGGUGGCUGAGGGAGCUCUCGCGAGGGCACCAGCGUGCGGGUGCGACUGCGCGCUUCGCCGGCACCCUCGUCUCCGCGAGGGCCAGGCACGGCGACGCAGAAGGUGCGGAGGCCUGGCUGGAGGGGAUGAUGGCGGACGGCGUUGAGCUCGACGCGAAUGCCUAUAAUGCCUUGAUCUAUGCGUUUGCCACCGAGGCCGACGUGGGCCGCGCGGAGGGCUGGCUGCGCCGCAUGCGCGCCAAGGGCAUUGCGCCAGACCUGACGAGCUACAGUUCCGUGCUGCAUGCAUGCGCCAGGGCGGGGGACGUGGACCACGCGGAGGCCUGGAUCAAGAGGAUGGUGGCGGAUGGAGCCGAGCCGAGCAUCAACUGCUACAACGCAGUCGUGGACGCCUGCGCCACAGCGAACGACUGCGCUCGAGCCUCGUAUUGGGUCGAGCGCAUGAUCGAGGACGGUGCAGGGCCAACACUGCGGACCUACAACAUCCUGAUCGGUGUGCUCGCGAAGAGUGGCGACACGGGCAAGGCCGAAGAUUGGUUGCGCAGGAUGACGGACCUCGGGGUUAAGCCCGACGUGGUGACGUAUGUCACAGUCCUCAGCGCGUACAGCAAGGCCGCAGACGUCAGGAGGGCGAAUGCAACCUUCGAGCACAUGUGCGCCCAGCAGGUGGCGCCGAACAACAACGUGUUCAACCUUCUCGUCGGCCUCCACGGCCGCGCCAACGACGCAUGCGGGGCGGCGCGGUGGCUGCGCAUCAUGCGCGAGGCUGGCUUCCAGGCCGACCGUAUCACGUUCAUCACGGCGGUGAAGGCGCUGCCCCGCAACGACGACGUGCUGGGGGCGGAGGCCAUUUUCAAGGAGAUGAUCGCAUCCAAGCUUGACCCAGACGUUGUGGCGUACAACAUGAUCAUCACGACCUGCGCCCGCGCUGGCGAUCUGGAGAGGGCCACGGGCUGGUUCCACCAGAUGGCAGAGAGGGGCCUGCAGCCAGACACCGUCAGCUACAGUUCGGUGGUCAACGCCUGCGCGAAGGCGAACGAUGCGGACAGCGCGGAAGAGUGGCUGAGCAAGAUGAUCGCCGACGGCGUGGAGGCCAACGCGAUCUGCUACAACCAGGUCAUCCACGCCUGCGUCCGCAGCGGUGACGCCCACCGCGCCGCGCUCUGGAUCGACCGGAUGACCGAGCGCGGCGUGUCGCCCACCGUGCGGAGCUUCAACACCAUGAUCAGCAUGCACGUGAAGGCGGGCAACAUGCCCGAGGCCGAACGGUGGUUCGACAAGAUGGUGUCAUGCGGCCUGGAGCCAGACGUGGUGAGCUAUAACACCGUCAUCGCGGCUUGCGCGAAGAGCGCGGACGCCCCCCGUGCCGAGAAGUGGCUCUCGAGGAUGGCGCCCUCCGGCCUCGCGCCCGACGUCACCAGCUACAACGCCGUCGUGGACGCCUGCGUGCGCGCGGGCGACGCGGAGCGGGCCGAGUCGUGGUUCGAGCACAUGGUGGCCUCCGGCCUGCGCCCGGAUAUCGUCAGCUACACAACCGUUGUGCACGCCCACGCCAAGGCGGGCCACAUCGACCGGGCCGAGGCGUGGCUGCUGCGCAUGGACCGCGACGGGGUGCCCCCCACCGUGCCCACGUUCAACGCGCUCAUCGGCGCGUGCCACCGCGCCGGCGACUCGGCCCGCAGCCAGCGGCUGGUGGCGGAGAUGCGGCGCAGGGGCCUGGAGCCCGACGGCGUCACGCCCGGCCCGCGAGGCGCGGGCCAGGCCGGGCCGGCCCGCGCGCAGGCGGGCUGGCGGCGCUGA